AUGGCCCAGCGGACGGUGCACGAGUUUUUGGCAGCGUACUCUUGUUGUUUCGCGAUGGCCGCACUGCUGCUGCUGCAGCCGGCAGCCGGUAUGGCCGUCGUCGGGGUGGCAGGCGGUGGCCCACUCGGUACCGCCGUGGCAGACACUGUCCCCGGCGACGUCGUUCCGGUACCGUCGUCCGCCGCCCGGAACAAGCGAUGGUCCACGACGUUCGGAGGCAACUCGGGUAACAAGAACGUGACAGUUAAUAAUGCAGUUCAAGAUUGUACUACGGACUCCGAUUGUUUGGAUACGCCAUUUACGUCAUGUGCGCUCGAUCCGAGUGACAAGAAAAGAAAAUGUCUGUGUGCAGAUGGAAAACAGCCAUUGAAUGGUGACUGCUUGAAAAAGCCAAGAGCAUUAAAAACAUCAUGUGAAACAGACUUGGAAUGUUUGCCGAAUGCUAUAUGCAAAAACAACGCCACAUCAACGAAUCCAAGAUUGAAGAUAUGUGCAUGUAAAGAUGGAUUUACUGAGGAAAAGGAAUCUUGCAACUAUGCUGAUUUAUUAACUUUCAAUUACACGACCUUGUUGAUUGCAGUUUUCACUUCAUGGGUUUGGAAUGAUCAUCGUGCAUAA